AUGCGUUUUAAGGAGGGCUGCUGGCAGUUUGAUGUCCCGGGCCCAGACCCGCCAAACACCCCCAUACCUCAAACCCCGGCAGGCGGCGGCGGUGGCCCCGGCGGCGGCGGCGGCGGCGGGGGCGGCGGCGGCGGCGGCGGCGGCGGGCAGGUCACGUCCAUCCGCCGCACCCGCCGCUGGCGUCACCCCACAAACGGCAUCCUAUAUGAGGAGGAGACGGAGGUCACCCAGAUGAACGCGGGCAGCGGCGGCAAGCGGCGGCCGGACGGCGGCGCAGCCCCUGGAACGAUCGCCCCGGCCGGCGCCGGCGCCGGCGCCGCGGCAGGCGCGGCGGGCGCAAUGGACGGCGCAGGCGAGGAGCCCGGGCCAAGGGGCGGGCGCAUGUACUGGGGCAAAGGGGUCGGGGGUUUCAGCUGGGUGUGGCGGCGCAGGGCGUGA